AUGAUGCUGUCCAAGAAAAUGAGGCUGCUGCUGCUUCUCACUUCCCAGGUGGUGAUCUUCACUCUAUUCUUCUGUCUACUGUACAGCUACAACUUCAGCUCCCUGCCUUCAAAGGAGGAGCCCAAGCCUGUGCAUGUGCUAAUCCUGUCUUCGUGGCGCUCAGGCUCUUCCUUUGUGGGGCAGGUUUUCGGGCAGCACCCAGAUGUCUUCUACCUGAUGGAGCCUGCCUGGCAUGUCUGGAUGAGCUUUACCCAGAGCACUGCUUUGAGGUUGCACAUGGCGGUGAGGGACCUGGUGCGCUCUGUCUUUCAUUGCGACAUGAGUGUCUUCGAUGCAUAUAUGCAACCCGGUCCCCGAAGACAGUCCAGUCUCUUCCAGUGGGAGACCAGCCGGGCCCUAUGUUCCCCACCUGCCUGCAACAUCUUCCCAAGGGGUAAGAUCAUCCCACAAGCUCACUGCAAGGUUCUGUGCAAUCGACAGCCCUUCGAGAUGGUGGAGAAAGCCUGCCGCUCUUACAGACAUGUGGUACUCAAGGAGGUACGCUUCUUCAACCUGGAGUCCCUCUACCCUCUGCUGAGGGAUCCAUCCCUCAACCUGUACAUCGUGCACCUGGUCCGGGACCCCCGGGCUGUGUUCAGUUCCCGAGAACACACCACGCUGGAACUCAUGACAGACAGCCGCAUUGUAUUAGGGGACAAGUGGCACCAACUCAAGAAGGAGGACUUGCCCUACCAUGUGAUGCAGACCAUCUGCAAAAGCCAGCGGGAGAUCUUUGAGGCCGUCCAGCUUUUGCCCAAAGCCCUGCAGCAGCGUUACUUGCUUGUACGUUAUGAGGACCUGGUCCGAGCCCCCGAGGCCCAGACUUCCCGAAUGUAUGACUUUGUAGGGUUGAAAUUCUUGCCCUGGCUCCAGACCUGGGUGCAAAACGUCACACAAGGCAAGGGCUUAGGUACACAUGCUUUCCACACAGAUUCUAGGAAUGCUCUCAAUGUCUCCCAGGCCUGGCGCUGGACCUUGCCUUUUGAAAAGGUUACACGGCUUCAGAAGAUGUGUUCUGACACCAUGCAUUUGCUGGGCUACCGCCAGGUCACAUCUGAGCAACAACAGAGAAACCUGUCAGUGGAUUUUCUAUCUACCUGGGCCUUCUCUGAGUAA